AUGAAGGUCGCUACUUCCGCCUUCGUCGUGCUCGCUGCGAGUGGGCACGCUGUUGCCUCCUGGCUCGAUUGGUCUGACCAGGAUGUCACCGUCACAGACACCUUGACAAGGACGAUUGAGUACUGCCCUUGCAAUGGAGAAGUCCGAGUUACCCCUGUUUCUCCUGCGGAGGGUGUCCAGGUCUAUACUACUACAACAAACGCAGUUGCGCCUGUCCUGACUACUGGGCCGAGAACCAUUACAAAAGCCGGCCCUAUCGUUGUCGUCUACACCACUGAAGGAUACUUGACCACGAAAACCGGAAUCGCCAUUGAGCUGUGCCCGACGGACGGGGCCCCUGGGGAGACCGUGACAAAGACCGUCUGGACUGGAGCACAGCCUACAAACGAACUGGCGUGGAUUGAUUGGACUGACGACGAUGCGGUGGAUGGGGCGACUUUGACCAGGACACACACCGAGUUCACCACCGUCAUCGGACCUGCGCCGACCAGCGACGAGCCUGAACCAUGGUCUGAUUGGGUUGCGACGACCAACUCGGUCAGGACUACAUCAACUACGUCCGGUCUUGUUGGACCCAUCGGUGGCUCGACCUCGUCUCUCACAACGAGCGGAUACUCGUCCUCCAGCUCCAGCUCCAGUGGCUUUGGCGUUGGGCCGAUCGGCGGUUCAAUCACCACUUCAUCCAGCAUGUCAACUACAUCCAGCACCUCUAUGACGAGCUCUUCCGGUGGCGCUGUUGGCCCUAUCGGAGGCAGCACCACAGCCUCGUCCAGCUUGUCCACCACCCCAGCCGCGAGCUCUACCAGCGCCGCGUCAACGACCACCGGUAUCUUAUCACCCAUCAUGCAGACCACAUCUGCGGGAACAUCAUCCACUACUGUGGCUGUUGUGACAAGCUCAACCACUGCCGCCGUUACGACGACCCCUGUUGUGGCCUCGACUACAACCUCUGCAGCAGCAUCCAUUCAGACAGUGAAUGUGGGCACUGACUACAUCUCUGGAAUUCUGGAGGCUCACAACAUCCACCGUGCGAACCACUCUGCGGCUGCCCUGACCUGGGCUACCAAUCUGGCAACCAUUGCAGGGGAGACUGCCGCAACGUGUGUCUAUGCGCAUGACGUCACCACCGGCGGCGGCGGUUAUGGCCAAAACAUCGGUGCUGGCUACACCCCCCUCCAGGUCCCUGGCAUGAUUGGCAAUGACAUGUACAACCGUGAGAUGCCUUUCUAUCCCGGCCCCUACGACACGAACAAUGUCGAUACCAGCAACUUCGGAAACUGGGGCCACUUCUCGCAGAUCGUCUGGAAGGGCACCCAGCAAGUCGGCUGUGCCACUCAAUAUUGCCCUCAAGGGCUGACGAACGCCGCGUUUGCUCAGUACUUCACGGUUUGCAAUUACUAUCCCCCUGGUAAGUUCAUUUCUGGCAACUGUCGUCCUUAA